AUUUGUCUGCGGUCACACCUUUUAUCAAAAUAAGCGAAAAACAGCACGUUUUUUUGUAAAUAAAUAGAAAUAUUACUAAAAUACAAACAUGUUCCGCCUGCAACAAUCACAGCCCGAUCCCGCCGAGGAGAAGAAGCGCGUGGCAGCCGAAGUUCGCUUCAAUUUCAUCCUUUUCGGCACGCUCAUCGCCGUCAUCAGAUUGGCUCCAGUGGUUCUACAGCACAUGAAUACUGCCUAGACGUAAAGCUUACAAUAUAGGAGAAGAUCAAGGAUGUUAUGUCGCAUCGUUCAGUUGUAUCACAUAUUUAUCAAUUACAAUGUUCAAACAAUCUUAUUUGAAAACCGGCACACAAAAUGCAUUUAUUUAAAAGCACUUCGACUAAUUGCAAA